AUGGAUAUCCGCCUCCUAAAGUCCUCCGACCUCCCCCUCAUACAGCACGCCAACCUCGAAAACCUGCCCGAGAACUACUUCCUCAAGUACUACCUUUACCAUGCCCUCUCAUGGCCUCAACUCAGCUAUGUUGCUGUCGACGUCUCGCGUCCGAAGCGCACCCCCUACGACUACCCCAAGAUUGUCGGGUACGUUCUGGCCAAGAUGGAGGAGGAGCCCGCCGAUGGCGUGCCUCACGGCCACAUCACCAGCAUCAGCGUCAUGCGCACCCACCGCCGGUUGGGUAUUGCCGAGAAGCUGAUGCGCCAAAGUCAACUCGCCAUGGUCGAGACUUUCGGCGCACAGUAUGUCUCCCUCCACGUCCGCGUCUCCAACCAGGCCGCCAUUCACCUCUACCGCGAGACCCUGGGCUUCAAGACGGAAAAGACGGAGAGCAAGUACUAUGCUGAUGGCGAGGACGCCUUCUGUAUGAAGCUCGACCUGAGCUACAUCCGCGAGCAGAUCCAGGACGAGCGCGAGCGCGAGGAAGAGAAGGACGGCGAGGCUGUUGACGAAGGCGAGGCUGCUGGGGAUGUCGGCCGCGACCCCAACGCUACUGCCGCCGCUGCCGAUAAGAAGCGCAAGGUCAAGGUCGGUCGCGGCUUGGGCGUUGGCGAGUUGGUCGAGAAGAACGAGAGCAAGAACUAG